CAACUAUAUAAGUCGAUGCCAGCACAUUCACCAGGAAGACUAACCCACCGCAGCUUAAGGCGUGAGGACAGCGAGUACUGGAGUACCAGCAGCGCUUAAAAUACACACGAGACUUUUGUCAAUAUCAAUAUCAAUCAUCAUGUCGAAAUAUUUGAUUGUGCUGGCAAUGGCAGUGGCCUGUAAGGCAGGAUACCAAGACUUUGGACCACAAGAAUUUGCCCACCAGCCUCAACUGGCUCACAGCCAACAUUUUGCACCACCGGCACCAGUUGGACAUGAUGGAAAUGUUAUUGAUACACCGGAAGUCGCUCAAGCUAAAGCUGCACAUUUCGCUGAAUUUGCAAAGGCUGCUGCACGCGCUGCUGCUUCUCAAGAAAAAGAACUACCAGAAUCGUACCCAGUUCAUCGUCACUAUUCUUCACCGGCUCCAGUAGCUCCUGUCCAUCACGUACCCGCACCAGUCCAUGCACCUGCACCAGUCCACGCACCCGCGGCUCUUCCCAGCUACCGAUUAUCGGCCUCUCAUUACUCAACCCCAAUCUCCGAGCCCCACUACUCACGUGCUUCCGAACCCCAUUACGCACAAGAACCCACUAGCUUUUCUCACCAACCGGCCCACCAUUUCUCCGGCCCCGUGGCCCACAAGCCUCACUUCCAGCCCGCUCCUCUAGCUGAAGACGGAACUGUUCUUGACACUCCCGAAGUCGCCGCUCUUAAGGCCACGAGAUUGGCUGAACUCGCUGACGCUGAAGCCAGAGCUUACAAAAACGCCGGAGAUAAUUUUGAUGAGCAAGGAUUCAAUGCAGGACCAGCUCCAGUUCAAUACAACCCAACACAUUACAACCAAGCACCACAAGCUUACUCUCCCUAUGGAAAAGGUGGUUACCAACAAGCCCAACCAACUUACCAAUCUAAAUUAUAUCAAUCUCAACAACUUCUAGGAUCUGUAGUACUUCUAUUGACUGUUGAAUUGUCGAUAGCCAAAGCAACUUACAAUUUGUUGUAUGCUUAUCAUGGACCACCCGCACCACUUUCUAAAGACGGCAAAGUUAUCGAUACCCCGGAGGUCGCUCAUGCAAAGGCCGCGCAUUUCGCGGCGUAUGCUAAUGCGGCUGCUAAAGUUGCGGCUCAUCCGGAUGAAUGGACAGACGCUUACAAAGAAAAGGAUGAAGCAGAUAUAGAAACUAAUGAAAUUAGUGGUGGUGGUGGUCAUGGCGAUGGUGAUCAUCAUCAUAAAGAACAUUUUCCUGUUUAUCACGGACCACCAGCACCACUGGGACACGACGGCAGGGUUAUCGAUACCGAAGAGGUUGCGCACGCUAAGGCCGCACAUUUAGCAGCAUUGGAACAUGCGAAAGCUCUAGCAGCCAGUUCUCAAGAUAAUCACUAUCAUCAUCAUCAUCAUCAUGACCAUAAAGAACCUGCCAUGAGUUAUCAUGUACCGAUUGUUUAUCACGGGCCACCGGCACCUCUCGCACCUGACGGCCGAGUUAUCGACACACCGGAAGUUGCAAAGGCACGAGAUGCUCAUCUAUAUGCUUACCACCACGCAAAGUCACUUGUUGCAAAUGACUAGUAUUCAAAAUACAAC